ACAUGGCAGAGCGAGCAGCGUUAGAACGGCAAAUUGAGGAGUUACAAAAGCUUAUCAAAGACCACAAGAGGAUCCAUGGUGAUGCUGCCUCAAGCUCCGCUCAUUGGUCUUCUAGGCGUGGUCUGGGUAGGGGUCGAGGGCACAACCCACAAUACCCACAUUCAUAUUCACAUCAAACCCAGCAAUAUCCUACCAACCAGUGGAGGAAAACAUACUCACUCAACAAGACCACCAGAGCUCCUGCUAAAGGUCCCUCCCAGGUCUCUGAGCCUAGUGUGGUUCCUCCUGCUUACUCAACUGCAGACAGCAAAACCCUCACCAGCAUCAGUAAGGAAAGCACAGUGACUUUAAGCAGCUUAACUGAAAAUAAAUCAUCACUAGAGACUAGAGAAAACCGAGUCUCAGCUGCUGAUGGGAUGAGGACAGUACAGAAACCUGCAAAAACGAAAAGUCAAGCUGCAACUAAGUCUAGCGCAGACAUGAACGUUCCAGGCCAACAAAGUGGAUUUGAACUGAACAGAGAGUCCAAUAAAACAUUAAAUAUGGGUAGUUCUUCAUUACCGGCAUCUGAGGAAACUAGCACUUUUAUAAAAAAGGAUAUUUCUGCAUCAUCGCCAGGGAAAACACAUCACACGAGCACCAUUUCAACUAAUAAAACUGCCCACAAUUUGCCAUCCUCGGCUUCCACUGUACCUGGAUCAACUAUCAGGCUUAAAGAAGAUUCAGCAGCGCCGGUCCAGGCAGCUUCCUCUCCCAAUAAGAGCUCCCGAUUUACCUGGGUAAAGAACCAGAACAGCAAACAAAGCACAAGCACAGUCUCAGCUCCAGCUGCUCCACCAGCGGUAGCCGUGCAAACCCAUAGUUCUAACAGGAAGCGCUGUCGCAGGCUCAGCCUUUCCUCGGGCGCCCCUAAAAUCUCAAAGUACUCCUGGGUGUCGACGUCUUGCUCCUCUUCAACAGGUGCCAAAGUACCAGCCAAGCUACCACACAAGCCACUUUCACCGAAAUCUCCCAAGGUGCCUGGAAAAACCAUCAAGGAGAAACUUGCAAGUACUCCUCUGUCAUCCAAGCGCCUUAAAGUUAACGGAGGAGCUUCCACUCCCCACCUCGGCCAGGCCAGUCGAUAUCGCUGGAAGGCGGUCGCCGCAGCCUCUCCUGUUGCUGUCUGUACUUCCACGCCAAAGUCUUCUCGAAAGGGCUCGGCGUACCAGUGGACUGCUAAAAGGGAGGAGAAGAAUUCAGGACUGCUUCCAUCACGAGUCCAGCACUGCACGUCCACGCCACCGUCUAGUGGUGGAUUCAGGUUGAAGAGCAGAACCAAAAUCAUCAGGAGACUCAGCAACAGUCAUUCUACUCCAGAGAGGAGGUCCAGCUUCAGCGUGAUGACCGUUAAAAGCCGCUAUUCGCUCCGAAGGAGGACGCAACCUACCGUCAAGACUCCCGCCGGCGCCAGGCGAGGCCAGUCCAGAGCACUGGUGGCUUUGGGCAGACACAAGCUCCGGCCUCUGUCCACCUUCUCUACUGCUGCAUGGAACUCCAGGGCAGGCUCUUCUUUUGCGUCCGUUCAGAGUGCAGCAUCUCACAGGGUGAUCAAAACCCGCUACAAGAUCGACACGCGCAGGGCACCACACCCAGGGUACCACAACUCAGCCCUGUCCUACAGAGUCAAGAGAGUCCAGUCAGCCAGGACUCUGUUGCAGAAUCGUCUGCGGGCACUUCCUGACAGACACUGGAGGGGGCGGGGCAUGCGCUGGAUUGGUGGGGCUCUGUACCAAGUGUCAGCCAAUAAGCUGUCUCGUACGCAGAUGACCAGUACACCGUGUAACAGAUCAGAAAAGGUGUGGAGCCUUCAGGAUCUAUCUCCAGCUAACGGAGGAAGGACGUCCAUCACACGACACAUUGCUAGUCGGGCGGUGCAGAGGAGUUUGGCCAUCAUACGUCAGGCUCACCAAAAGAAGCAGCAGGCCAAACACUACUGCAUGUAUUUCAACCGCUUCGGCAAGUGUAAACGCGGCGCGGCCUGUCCCUACAUCCACGACUCGGAUAAAGUGGCUGUUUGCACCAGGUUUCUCAGGGGAACUUGUAAGCAGACUGAUGGAACUUGUCCUUUUUCACACAAAGUGUCCAAGGAGAAGAUGCCCGUGUGCUUGUACUUCCUGAAGGGAAUCUGUAACAACAGCAGCUGCCCCUACAGCCACGUCUACGUGUCUCGCAAAGCGGCCGUGUGUCAGGACUUCGUCCGAGGCUACUGUCCUCAGGGAGAGAAGUGUAAGAAGAAACACACGCUGGUGUGUCCAGACUUUUCCAGCACUGGCGCAUGUCCCAACGGGUCCAAGUGUAAACUGCAGCACAGACAGAAAACCAAGCGUCCCGGAUCCGGUCUGAGCUCAGGAACGUCCAGGAAACCCCACAGCAGAGAAUCUACGAAGAGGCCGGACGCUGAAGAGUCCACUCGGGCUGAAGAGAGCACGCCCAGCGCAGGUCUGGCGAAGCUUCCCUCCUUCAUCUCUCUGUCCAGUUCUCCGGAGACCUCACAGAUUGCCGAGAGCCCCCAAUGCCCCCCUGCAGCCGGAGCAGAGGGCACAGGGAAGAAGCUGCACAUCAAGCCUCGAUUCUAACGACUGAACUCUGAGACUCUCGGCCGUCUCUCAAACAACCUUACAGUCUGGAGAAAAGGAAUCCACAUUGUUACCCACUGCAGUAUUGAUGCAUUUAUUUUAUUAUUAUUAUUUUUUUUUUUUUUAUGGAAAGUGUGUCCAAGUCAAACACCAGUGUAAAUACUGUCAGAAUCAGAAGUGAAAUGUGAAGUAAAACAAAAAAAACUUAGAAUCACUGUUGUUAGUUCCAGGUCUUUUGCGCUUCAGGCUUUUAUACAGUUAUCAGUUUUAAAAACGCCUCUUUUCUCUGUUUAAAGACGCUUUUCUGGUGCCUUUUUUGAGGCGGUCGAUCUCAGGAACUCUCUGCAAGUGUCACUUUUAAGUUGUUCUAACUUCUGUGGUUUGUAUUUUAAAGAUUUAUUGUGUUUUAUUUAAUGUUGUGGUUAUAUGAUCUAUAAAACCAUUAAAGAUGUUUAAUGUGA